AUGGAGACUGAGUGUGUUCACCCCUUGUGGCUGAACUACGAUUUCACCGCCUUCUCGCCUUUUCUAGCGGUCGAGCUGGGUUUCCAGGGCGUGCAUGCUGAGAUGAGCAGAUUCGAGUUUCAUUCUCCGACUAUUUCCAUCGAGGACUCACCUGAUACUUCCUUUUCUGUACCGCUCUCUUCGUCUACAGGGGAGAUUGGAGCUUUACCUUUCCAAGACGAUGAUUUUCUAGCAGUCGUUCCAGAGGAACAGUACUCGCUCAACUUGCCGGUGAUCGAUAGCAGUUUCCCUGAUACGUUAUUGGUUGAUAUGGUUGAUGAAGCAUGUGAGUGGGUGCCAAGUGCAAGCAAUUCUUCUUCAGAAUUCACUGAAGAAGAUGAUUCAUGGACCCUGAACCUCACAUCAGUUGAACCAACUUUUAGCACCGUCUCAGCUGAAGCAUCCAUCGUCCUGCCUAGCCAAGAUAUGGAAGUUGAUGACCAACUGAGCAUUUUCCACCUCCUUAAGGCCUUUGGAGAGGCCAAAGAGGCUGAACAACAAGUACUAGCAGGAGAAAUCUCAAGACGAUUGAGGGAAAAGUGUAGUCCAAUGGGCACGACCCUUGAGCGUGUCGCAUAUUACUUGAUCGAAGCUUCAGAUGGUCAGGGAGACUACCUUAGACAGUCCAUGAAGAAUUUGGAGGCAGCAUUUCAUGCCUUCUAUCAAAUAUAUCCUGUUGGUAGGUUUGCUCAUUUCACUGCAAAUUCUCUAAUUCUAGAUGCAAUGCCUGAGGAUACCAAUGAACUACACAUAAUCGAUUUUGACAUUGGCAAAGGGGUGCAAUGGCCACCUCUUCUUGAGGAACUUGUAAAACGAGGACAAAAGGCGGUGCGUUUGACAUCACUAAGGUGGGUGGAAGAAGAUCGAAGUUGUGGCUCAGACACAGAAAGGCUUGGAGGGAUAAAUAGGCGGAUGACCGAACAUGCUCAAUCGCUUGGAUUGAGACUAAAGAUGGAGGAAACCAACAUACAAGGCCUUGUAGCAGAGCUAAACAAGAGCAGAGGGAGGGAAUGGCUAGCUUUUAACUGCAUGCUGGGGCUCCCUCACAUGAGAAAGGGGAGGAACGUCAUCAAUCAUGCGACCGAGUUUCUAAAAGUGGCCAAGAGUUUUAUCAGUAGGAGUGACCAAGGGGUCGUAACUGUUGGUGAUGGGAUUGGCAUGGAGGAUGAUGCAAUGAGAGAGAGGAAUGGAUAUGGAGCUUUCCUUGAAGGGAAAUUGGUGGACCUCCAAGCCUUGUUCGAAUCGAUGGAGCUUCAUUUUCCAGGUCCUGGCGAAUUCACAGAAGCAAGAAUGGCUUUGGAGUGCCUCUUUAUGGGUCCUUAUGUGUCUUCCCUGGCAAAUUAUCAGGAUUGGGAAGAGAGUGGUGAGACAAAUAGAGCUGUAGUUUCGGAGAUGGGGUUGAAGGCUAGGAAAAUUAGCAAAAGAGAGCACCAUUUAGUGGAGGCAAAAGAGCUUGUGAGACUGGGAGGUGGGGAGAGUUCAUAUUGGGUCAGAGUUGAAGGGGCUGAAGAGAACCGAAUGGCAUUGGGCUAUAGAGGAAGCACUUUUAUUAGAAUUUCUAGUUGGACAUAG